AUGCGAAAGAAAUUAAGGUUUGAAAAUUUAAAAAUAUAUCGAACGAUUUUACCUGUAAACCGCCAAAAAACGUGGAGUUUCAUCCUCGUGGCCGGUGAAAUGCCAAUGGCCUCCACUGCGCUCCUCCGUAUGCUCCGGGAAUGUAAGAACUUCCGGUUUCUUCUUCAAAUUCACGGCAGCUUGAUCGUCUCAGGGCUUAAACCCCAGAACCAGCUCGUAAACGCUUAUUCUCUCUUCCAAAGACCGGACCUUUCUCGCACCAUCUUUGAUUCAGUUCGAGACCCAGGUGUUGUCUUGUGGAAUUCCAUGAUCAGAGGAUACACGAGAGCCGGUUUGCACAGAGAAGCCCUCGAAUUUUUCGGGUACAUGUCAGAGGAGAAAGGUAUUGAUCCAGACAAGUACACUUUCACUUUCGCCUGUGUUGACAUUGAUCAUGUUACUCUGUACAAUCUGAUCCCUGCGGUUUCGAAGCUAGAGGACAACGACGUGUGCAGCUGUAUUCAUGGAUUUGUGAUUAAGAAAGGUUUUGCCUCUGCUUUCUCUAGUGGGAUGAUCGACAUGUAUUGCAAAUGCGAGGAUCUACAUGCUGCUGAGUGCAUUUUUGAGCAAGUGAUGAGCAAGGAUGACUCUUCAUGGGGCACAAUGAUGGCAGCUUAUGCACAUAAUGGGUCCUUUGAGAAGGUGUUGAAGUUGUUUGACCUGAUGAGAAACUAUGGUGUUAGAAUGAAUAAAGUAGGUGCAGCAAGUGCUCUUCAAGCUGCAGGAUAUGUAGGGGAUUUAGAGAAAGGGGUUGCGAUUCAUGAAUACGUAGCACAACAAGGAUUGAUGGGUGAUGUCUCCGUUGCAACUUCUGUUGUGAGUAUGUAUUCCAAAUGCGGUGAGUUGGAGAUAGCUGAACAACUGUUUCUGAAUAUUAGAGAUAGAGAUGUUGUUUCUUGGUCUGCCAUGAUUGCUUCGUUUGAGCAAGAAGGUCAUCACGACGAUGCUCUCUCUUUGUUUAGGGAUAUGAUGAGAGUAAAUGUCAAGCCUAAUGCUGUAACUUUGACGAGUGCGCUUCAGGCUUGUUCAGGAGGAAUAGCUGCCUCUAGAUUAGGUAAGAGCAUACAUUGUUAUGCUAUAAAGGCUAAUAUCGAGUCGGAGUUGGAAACUUCCACAGCGAUUAUCUCAAUGUAUGCCAAAAGUGGUCUCUUUUCUCCUGCGCUCAAAGCUUUUGAAAGACUGCCGGUUAAAGAUGCUGUAGCAUUCAACGCUCUAGCACAAGGGUAUAUAGAGAUUGGUGAUGCCUCUAAAGCAUUUGAUGUGUACAAUAAGAUGAAGUUACAUGGAGUAUGCCCAGACUCGGGAACUAUGGUUGGUUUGCUUCAAACUUGUGCACUCUGUAGUGACUCUGAUCGAGGUUCCUGUGUCUACGGGAAAAUUAUAAAGCAAAGGUUCGAUUCAGAAGUUCAUGUGGCACAUGCUCUGAUCGAUAUGUUAACCAAAUGUGACGCCCUCGCUGCAGCACGAUCCUUGUUUGACAAGCGUGGAUUCGAGAAAAGUACUGUAUCUUGGAAUGUGAUGAUGAAUGGGUACUUACUCCAUGGCCAAGCUGAAGAGGCUAUUACCGCUUUUCGUCAGAUGAAGAUUGAGAGAUUUCAGCCAAAUAUAGUCACAUUUGUAAACGUCUUACACGCAGCAGCACAAUUAGCAGCGUUGAGAGUAGGAAUGUCUGUUCAAGCCAGUCUCAUCCGGUUUGGAUUUGGUUCCCACACGGCCAUAGGAAACAACCUAGUUGAUAUGUAUGCGAAAUGUGGAAUGAUCGAAUUGUCCGAGAGAUGCUUUUUCGAGAUAAGAAACAAAGACAUGGUUUCAUGGAACACUAUGCUCUCCGCUUACGCCGUCAAUGGCUUAGCUAGCUGCGCGGUAUCACUCUUCUUGUCUAUGCAAGAAAACGAACUCAGACUAGACUCUGUUUCCUUUCUCAGUGUUCUUUCAGCUUGUAGACACGCGGGUUUAGUUGAAGAAGGGAAACGAAUGUUCAAGGACAUGGAAGAGAGACACAAGAUCGAACCAGAAAUUACUCGGAAGGCUUGUUUGUUUGAUGAAGCUGUGGAAAUGGUGAGGAGAAUGAGAGUGAAAGCAAGUGUAGGAGUGUGGGGAGCUCUAUUGAGUUGUUCAAGAAUGCAUUGUAAUGUGUGGUUAAGUAAUGCUGCAUUGUGUCAGCUUGUUAAGCUUGAGCCAUUAAAUCCUUCUCAUUAUUGUCAAGACCGAAGGAGAUUAGGAGAUGGUAAUGAUGGAUCACGAGUGAAGAAAAUUCCUGCUUGUAGUUGGAUCCAAAUUUAA